UCCAUUUGGCAAAUUUUGAGAUAAUCUCAAGCGUGGCAUAGACUACAUGUACAGUUCAGAGACUUUCGAAAAUUGAAAUGCGCCUCAUUGGUAGAGCCGUAGAGGUAAUCGAAGACGAAUCCAGUUUAGAAUUCAGAGACAAUUAGAGUUUAGAGAGGCGGUCGCUUUGCCGGGUGUUGCACUAGACACUGGACAGGAAACAGGAACUAAUGCUCGCAACCCUCGCGCGGCCUUCUAUCUCUCUCGGCCUCUCUAUUUGUCGCUGGUCGGCCGCCGUCCCUGUCAUUACCACCGCCCAGUCGUCCUUGGCUUGUCCAGAGAAGCAAGAAAGGUCUCGCGGCAAUGGACGACCGGCGCGGGCGCGGCGACGCGUUGGGCCAGAGGCCGUUCGCGUCUGCUGCUCAGAGACAGGAAAGGGUGUUCGACGGUGGAGGCGGAGGCGGUGGCGGCGGCCAUGGGCCAGCGUUUGGCGACGAGUUUGAUCAGGGGUCGUCCCUCAUGGCGCUUCUCAGCGCUGGCGCACGUGCAGUGAGCUCCCAGCCACCGCCGCCGACGUGGGGCGUGGAGGAGGUGACCGCGGCGCCUGCCAUUAACCUGGUGCCUCAAUCGUUCUCCAUGGCAAACUACGCGCCACCGCCGCCGUCCUACCAGUACCAGCAACCGACCUCAUUCGCCCCAUCGCCGCUGGGCGGCAGAAUGGAUCCCUACGCGCCGUACCUUCACGUAGACCAGCCGCCGCAAUGGCCUCCUCCCCGAGCGACGGUUGUUGGUUCCUCCCUGCCGCACUCCAACUUCACCGUCCUCUUCCCCAGCAAUCCAUACGAGCAUGACAUGCAGCUGCGAGCGACCGCGCUAUUCGGCGGCGGCGGCGGCUCAUACUCAUACACGCUGCCGCCGCCGCCGCCGCUGGCCAUCGAGCAGCCAGCGAAGGACGGUUACACCUGGCGCAAGUACGGGCAGAAGCAGCUCAAGGACGCCGAGUCACCACGAAGCUACUAUAAGUGCACCCGCGACGGGUGCCCCGUCAAGAAGGUCGUGGAGCGCUCCUUCGACGGGCUCAUCAAGGAGAUCACCUACAAGGGCCGCCACAACCACCCGCGCCCGCAGGAAGGCGGCCUCGCCGGCGGUGGGAACGAUGCCGGCCUCGCUGCCGCCGAGGAGGACGCGGAAGGCCCGAGCGACGACGAUGACGACGCGUCGAUGCAUGAGGAUGACGUCGAGGGUGCUCCUGGCAUGGGCGCGGACGGCGUGGGCGGGCAGAGGGUGGUGAAGAAGCCCAAGAUCAUCAUCCAAACGCGGAGCGAGGUGGAUCUCCUGGACGACGGCUACCGGUGGCGCAAGUACGGGCAGAAGGUAGUCAAGGGCAACCCCCGGCCGAGGAGCUACUACAAGUGCACCGCGGAUAACUGCAACGUGCGCAAGCAGAUCGAGAGGGCGACCACCGACCCCAGGUGCGUCCUGACGACGUACACCGGCCGCCACAACCACGACCCGCACCCGCCGGGCCGGGGCAACGAAGCCGCUGCCGGCGGCUCUUCGGCUGAUCCGGCCCCUUCAUCUGCGAACACGGCUACUGGAACUGGGGGCUCGGCAGCUGAUGGAGGAGUGCUAGCCGGGAAAUGAGUGACUGGCCAUUGGCCUCUGUGGUGUGGCUUUGCUGGGUGUGUGAAUAAGAGAGGCUGCACCAUUGAUUCUUUUGGGCAUGUGUUUUCUGCCGGAUAAUUGUUUAUUCGAUUAGAUUUCAACUGUUGAAGAUGAGCUGACUUGUUGGUUUCGGCUAAACAUGUGAUUGUGCUGCAUGGUAUGUACAUUUGUUUCCUCUUUA